UGCUUCACUACUCAAUACAAGAGAACAACAACAAACACUGGAGUGGCUUUGAAAAUAUUAUGAUCUCGGUCACCAAAAACAGUAACAGGAGAAUAAUGUCUUCUCUGGAAUCUGAGGUUGUCUCUGUUCUUGAGAUACUCGUAAAGACAACGGUAAAUGAAAUGGCCAAAGUCAUGGAGUUCUCAGGCAUAACGUUACUUCCAAAAACUCACGACAAAUGUGUCACCCUGGACUUAAAGACACAGCUGAACUCUGUGUUGGAACGUAAUGCAAAGGAAGCAGUGGAGAAAAUAUGCCAGCUUUUCUCUGCCCUUCUGCACAAAGAAAUGAGUCCAAGAGCACAGGAUGAGUUGAAAACAAGACUGAAGCAAGCUGAGAAGCAGCAGAAGACUCUACAAGGAGAGACUAAUCUAAGUGACAGUUGUCUUCAAAGAAGUCAGUCCCCUGACCAGCUUACUCUAGUCUCUGCGGAGAAAAUCGCCAUUGUUGUGAGCUUGGGACAGGAGGAGAUAGUCGAGACUGACCAUGAUGAAACACUCACUAAAACACAGAAGACGGCAGUCAAUAGGGCAGAAAAGUCAGCUGAUUGUUCAGAAAACAGCAAGCAUCCUCAGUUCGUGGUGUUGCAGGACUAUGAUGCUGAGGACAUCAGCUGCACUGAACUAAACAAUACUAAAAACUCCUCUGGGACUCAAGAUGAUGCGAAAGCAUCUAGAAGUUUGAGUGUGUCAAAAACCAGAGGUGUGCGGGUGAGCCGGCAGAAGAAAGGUAAAACACUCAGCUGUAAACAAUGUAGGAGGAAAUUUGACUCGGUUGUUCUGUUGAGAGCUCAUCAGGUCGUUCAUGUGGCGGCAGAGAAACCCUUUAGCUGCUCGCAGUGUGGUCGGCGUUUUGGAAGUAAAGGCAGUUUAGAUGUACACCACCAGCUUCAUAAUGAUAAGAGCCCUUAUGUUUGCAAUCAAUGCGGCAAGACCUUCACCGAACACAAACAGCUGAAGGGUCACCAGAGGAUUCAUAACGAAGACAAGACUUUCACAUGUCACAUUUGUGGGAAGUCUUUUAAUCAAGCUUACUGUCUCAAGAAGCAUCUGGUCGUGCAUUCGGGAGAGAAGCUGCAUAAAUGUGACCAAUGUGAGAAGAGCUUCAACUUUCGCAACAACCUACUUCGCCACAAGAGAAUCCAUACAGGCGAGAAGCCGUUCACCUGCCAGACGUGCGGACGAAGUUUCAACCAGCUCGACUCGCUGAAGGCACACCGUCUGACUCACACCCGCGAGAAACCACACAAAUGCAAAACGUGCAAUCAAGGGUUUGUCCAGAAGUAUCUACUCCGGCUGCAUGAGGGAAAGUACGCAGGACAAAACGGACACCCCUGUUGUGUAUGCGGGAUAGUCUUGGGUUGUGUAAACACCCUAAAAAUGCAUCUGCCGAUUCAUGAGGGACAGUUGCCGGUCAGUUGUACAGUGUGCAGCGAGACCCUUAGUUCCAUCAACACCUUGAAAACUCACCAACACAAACACUCUGUGGCUAACAAACACAGCUGUUGUUUGUGUGGAAAGACCUUUAAGAGUGUGGCCGGUGUGAAAACUCACGAAAGUAUUCAUACCGGAGAAAAGCCUUUUAUCUGUUCGGUGUGCGGGAAGACAUUUCGGCAGCAGAACUGCCUUAAGGCUCACCUGACCUUACAUAGCGGUGAAAAACCUUUUAGUUGUGACGCAUGCGGGAAAGGUUUUCCCACCUUGGGAAACCUCCGUCGACAUCAGCGCAUACACACCGGAGAAAAGCCAUUCAAAUGCGCCGAGUGCGGGCGGGAAUUUAACCAGUCGAAUUCGCUCAAAGCUCACAUGCAUAUUCAUACAGGAGAGAAGCAGUAUGUGUGUGACAAGUGUGGGAAGAGUUUUGCUUAUCUCAGAAAUCUGAGGUCUCAUAAAUGUGUAUAAAUUUAAAGGGAUUAUUCACCUGAAAAAUAAAAUUCUGUCAUUGUUUUACUCUUGAUAUGGUAAACACCUUUGAAGUAUACUGACUUUUAUUGUAUUGACAAAAAAGACAUUUCUAAAAGUAUCUUCUUCUGUGUUCUA